AUGGGGUCACUGGUUGUCUCAGGAAAUUUUUGGGAUUGCAAAUUUUUACUGUACUGCCUGGACGAGUCCCGUGUUACCCCUGAUACAGUUUCAACCUUGGACCUUUGGUGCGCCUGGUCAAUGACUGAGUUACAGCUUGGAUCCUAUAUGGAUAAAGACCCCUGGGGACGUAGCCUCGCUGCUUUUGACACUGGAAAACGUCAAGGCCUGAUUGCCGGCGGCUACAAAGGCAUCCUUUGCUACCACAAGGGAGACGAGAAGUACCACCAGAAAGUUUACAGAGCAAGUCAUGGAGCUGUGAGUCGCAAUGUGUGCGUGACAUGCAGGGCAACAAACGAUGGUGAUAUGGUGUACACUGCGCACGGCAUCAACGCAAUCCAUCGCACCACACGUCUCUCUACAGAGGAGUUCAUCACUGGGGUUUGCGGCACCAGGACAUGGGUGGGCGUACCAGGGUGGCAUGUGGGAAUGCUUUGCUAUGACUGGCUUCAUGUCGUCGACUUAACCGUGAUUCCUGAAGUCGCUGCAUCUUGCCUCGUCGAGCUCACAGAGGAAAGCACAUUUGGGCAUGCGUCAACUGCUGAUGAGCGUUUGCGAUUGGCAUUUGUUGCGUUCACAAAAGCUUGCAAGAGGGCAGGUGUGCGCAAUCGUGGGCAAAUGUUCAGUAUGAAACAACUCUAUCCAAACGGUGCAAAAACAUACCACACCUUGUGCCAGAAGCAUUUCAAUGCAGCGGAAGCUGUGGUGCUUGCAAAAUGGCUUGAAUCUGUGACUGUGCUGGUGGCAGAGAGGAAACCACAUGAUGAACAUGCUCAGCUACGUGCUGCAGUUUUUGUCAAUCUGGUUGCGAUGCGCGCUGCGAUGAGUGAUUCGUCCAACACCGGAGUCAAGCUGACCGAUUCCAAUUUGCAAAUGCUGCAGCGUGCAAACUAUUUGUUCCAUUCCGCGCACAACUGGCUUGCGACUGAAGCUUUGGAAAAAGAAAAUCUACUUUGGCGCACACGUCCAAAGUACCACAAGUUAGACCAUAUCGUCUACGACUGUGCUCCAGAAGUUUCUCCACUGAAACUAAGCUGCUAUACAGAUGAGGACGCGAUGGGAAAACUGAAGAAAUUAGAUGAAAUUAGCGAUGAUUUCAUAUCCCAACCAGAUGGGACGACAAGUUCUGUCAUCUACGCUGCAUAUACAUGCGUGCGAUUGCUUCGAAGACUCACAGAAUAA